AUGGACAAAUUGCACGAGACAUUGAUAAACAUGGAAGAUGCUCUGGGUUCGGAACAUCCCUCCUGCUUAUCGUCCUGGGACUGGAAAAGCUCUGCAGGGCCCUUCGAGCUGCACCCCAUCUCACCCCCGCACAGCUUGUCCCCGACGCCCUCCUUCGAGUCCUACUCAUCAUCCCCGUGUCCGGCGGCGGCAGAGACCCCCUACGGCAGUGGGGGCAGUGGCCUGGUGGGCUACGGCCUGGUGGACUUCCCCCCUGCCUACCUGGGCAGCCCAGGGCAAGCGAGGCUGCCCAAGGGCACCAAGGUGAGGAUGUCAGCCCAGCGCAGGAGGAAGGCCAGCGAGAGGGAGAAGCUGCGCAUGAGGACCUUGGCUGAUGCUCUGCACACACUGCGGAAUUACCUGCCCCCCGUGUACAGCCAGCGGGGMCAGCCCCUCACCAAAAUACAGACCCUCAAGUACACCAUCAAGUACAUCAGCGAGCUCACCGAGCUCCUCAACAGCGUCAAGCGCGUGUAG